AUGAUCAUGACCCUGCUUCUUGUGACGUUUGAGUUUCUGCAGGGAAAUAUGAAAGCGGCUGACCACUUGAUGGCUGGGGGCAUUCAGCUCCUCAAGGAUAAUCUUACAAUCCUGCAAGGAGCCGCGGGCCGACCACGGUCAAAGAAACUAACGAGCGACGAGUUUGAGGAUGUCGAGCAUAUGCUUCCGAGACUUUCGGUUUCCAGUAGCGUAACGCAUUUUUGCAAUCUGCAAUCGCGUCAGUUUGCCGAGCUCAGAGGUUCCGGCGUCGGCAGCCUACCAGAUGCUGAUGGUCAGACCGGUCUGCCAAGGCUCCUGGCCCUCUGGAGCGAGUUCAGCACACGGGCUCUUGUCUUUGUCUGCCAGUCGUUCCGAAACCAGCUGCUGCAACUCAAAUACGACGUUACGGAGGUGGAAGAGAGACAGACACAGCUCCUCUUGCGUCUGCGUCAGUGGCGUGCCCUCCUCGACCAGUAUCUUGUUGGAGCAAAGAGCGAGACAGUUCGUUACUCGCUCAAGAUGCUCAUUCCACACUGGCUCAUGGUCUACAUCUUCACCAGCUGCGUUCUUGAUCCGACAGACCUCUCCUACGAUCACUUCGAGCCCGAAUUUCGUGAAAUCAAUACACGUUGUGCCGAGUUGUUAGCCAUGGAAAUCUACCAGGAGGGCAGUGCGACCGCACAGUCGUUCAGGAACAAGAUCAAGUUCUCCCUCGGCGAUGGCCUUAUAACGCCAUUGGCUCUGGUGAUCGGCAAGUGUCGAAUUCAUGACGUGCGGAUGGAGGCUGCCGAGAUGUUUAGGCUACUCCCUCGGGAAGCAGCUUGGGAUGCUCAGGCGCUCAUCAUUGGUAAACUUGGUCUGGUGUUGAUGGAGGAGCGAGCUCGGGUCAUCCAUGGUUAUGUUCCAUCAAAUUCACGGUGGUUCUGGACAGGAGGGGAAUGGGACAUCGACAACAGGGUCCUGCAUUCCCGAUACGUUCGAAUCGUGCCUGCUGAAGACGGCAGUCCCAUUCACUUGGGAAUGACUUUGGACCUGGACAGCUUACCUGAUAUCUGUGGCGAAGUUGGCUGCACAAAGGACCAUUCGUAUCUGCCCUUACGACACGCUCGCUCCGGACUGCGGGAUGUUAUGCACUGA